AUGAUACUUUCUAAUAAUAUAAAUUUUAUUGGAUUAAAAUUAAAUAUUUUAAAUCCUAAACAAAUAAUUAAAUGGUCUUCUUUAUUUUAUAAAAAUAAAAUUAUAAUUGGAGAAGUUUUAAUACCUAAUACUAUAAAUUUUAAUACUGGACUACCUAUUUUAAAUGGUUUAUUUUGUGAGAAAAUAUUUGAUUAUAUGUAUAUAUGGAAUUGUGAUUGUAAUAAAAAAAUGUAUAAUAUAAAUAACUUUUCUUCAAGGUUAUAUUGUAUAUUUUGUAAAAAUAAAUUAAAAAUUAAUAUUAAUAGAAAAUAUAAAAUAGGUUUUAUAUUUUUAAAUAUACCUAUUUUACAUUUAUGGUAUUUAACUGGACCAUUAAAAGUAGCUUCCUUAUUAUUAAAUAAAAAUAUUAUUUAUUUAAAAUUUUUAAUUUAUUAUAAAUAUUUUUUUAAUAAUAUAAAAUAUAAACAAUAUUUUUAUUAUAAUAAGUUAUAUUUAAAAUUUAGUAUAAAUAAAAAAAAAUAUAAUAUAAUUCAAUAUUUAUUUUCACAUAAUAUUUUAUAUAAAAAAUUAAAAAAUUUAAAUUUAUUAACAGAAUUAUUAAAUAAUAAAGAAAUAUUAUUAAAUAAAAAUAUAUAUUAUAAAAAAUAUAUUUAUAAAAAAAUUAAUUUAUUAAAUUUAUUUAUAAUUAAUAAUAUUAAACCUAAUUGGGUUUUUUUAGAUUUAUUACCAAUAUUACCUGCAGGAUUGAGACCUUAUUUAUAUAUAAAUAAUAGUAUGUAUAUUAUGUCUACAAUUAAUGAAAAUUAUAGAUUAAUAAUUUUAAAAAAUAAUAAAUUAAAAUAUUGGUUAUAUUUACGUAAUAAUAUUUUUUUUAUAUUUGAAAUAAUAGAAAAACGUUUAUUACAACAAUUAAUUGAUUAUUUAUUAAUAAAUAAAUUAAUUUUAAAAAAUAAUACUACUUUUUUUAAUUUUAGUAAAAUUUUUAAAGGUAAAUAUAGUAUAAUAAAAUAUAAUUUAUCGGGAAAAAGAGUUGAUUUUUCAGGGAGAUCUGUUAUAACUGUAAGCCCAAAUAUUUUAUAUAAUAAUAUAGGAUUACCUUAUUAUAUAAGUAUUAAUCUAUUUAAACCUUUUUUAAUAAAUAUUUUAAAAUAUAAUUUUAAAUUUAAUGUUAUAUUUAAAAGUUUAUUAAUUAAUAGACAUUUAUUUAGCAUUCAAAAAUUUUUAAAUAAAUUAUUACAAAAUCAAUUUAUAAUAGUUAAUAGAGCCCCUACAUUACAUAGAAUGAAUUUACAAUCUUUUAUACCUUUAUUAACAGAAGGUUAUUCAUUAAAAUUUUAUCCUUUAGGAUGUGCGAGUUUUAAUGCUGAUUUUGACGGGGAUCAAAUGUCAGUAUUUUUACCUUUAAUUAAAACUUCUAAAUUCGAAUCUAAUAUAAAUUUAAAUUUUGAUAAAAAUAUUAUUUCACCUUCAAAUAAUUCUAAUUUAUUUAAAAAUUUACAAUAUUAUAAAUUAGGAAUUAAUACAUUAUUAAUGUUAAAUUAUAAUAAGGUAUUUAAUAUUUUUUAUUUUAAUUCUAUUGAAAAAAUAUAUGAAUAUUAUAAUAAUAAUAUAUUAUCUAUAUUUAAUUUAGUUUGGAUAAAAUAUGUAAAUAAUAAUGAAAUUUUUUAUAUAUUAACUUCAGUUAAUAGAGUAAUUAUAAAUUUAUAUAUAUAUAUGUAUUAA